CCCGGCACAGACCUUGCCGGUGUACUCUCAUUAUCAACAGCCGACAAAAUAACCAGCCAACAUUGCGUCCGUAUACACACACGCCACGGAUUAAUUUAUUGCCGAUUAUUAUUGCUCCCUGAACGCGUGUAUACCGUACACGUUAUUCUCGGCCGAUCAGCCUUAAAUCAUCCACGUGAGCGAUUACCGUACCGCGACAGGAUUUCCGGUCGCGCGCGGCGGUGUUGUCAAGCGGAGAUUACAAUCAUGCAGCUGCUCGGAUUCUUCAUUUUACUUGUGGAUUUAUUCAGUUUAUUUCUUCAUGGAGCGUCGGCGUUUCGACCGGCGUUUGGACCAGUGCAUACUUCACGACAGAAGCGUCUUUCCGUGUUGAGUAUCGUGUACCGCAAAGCUAACCACACCACCGAAACCCCCAACCAUCUCCCCCACUCUCCCAGCAGCAUCGACCGUCCCUCCACCAUGUCCCCCACCACCGCCACCCCGCCGCCGCCCUCGUCUCGGCUGACCAUCGCCCCCUCCGAACUGACCUCCACCAUCGCGAAAUUACGCACCACGCGCGCCCCCUUUUCCUCGCGCGCCCCACCGGCGGCCCCCAUCGAGCCCCACCUGGCCUUCAGCCCCGGCGACCACGCCCGAUUGUACCCACUAACACCCAAGCUGAUCGAAGGGGGUGCCGCCAUCCCGGCGGCCUUCCUGCCCUACUUCCCCAACACCGACAAGGUCACGCUGACGUUCCUCCCGGGGAACCCCAAGGACGCUGGGAUUGGGGUUGCGUCCCCAGGCACCAAGGACCCCGUCCCGCGAACACCCUUCGGAAGUCCGGAGGCCCCGCGGGAGGUGGCGCCACCGGCAAACGGUUUCCCGCGACCGCCGCCAGAGACACCAGGAACUUCAAAGGACCGCGGCGCCCGUCCGUCCUUCGACCGGGAGGUAGCGCCGCCGGCCGACAGCUUCCCGCGGACCCCGGAGAUCCCGCCGACCUCCACGGCCCCCAGUCUCCAGGCCCGGCUCCACGUCAACACCGAGCGGAAGCAUAAAGUAGUCGUGACGACCACCACCACUAUGGCGCCGGCGGAGUGGUCCCCGCUGGGUCCGGCGCUCAACCAGGUCGUCACCGGGAUCCCGGCCAACCACAGCUGCAACGGACGCAUCGGGUACUUUGCGGAUCCGGGUGCGGCCUGCGACCUGUUUUUAUACUGCGACCAGUUCGGGCGCUCCUUCCGCUUCCUGUGUCCGCAGGGGACGCAGUUCAAUUCGCGGCUGUGUCUGUGCGAUAUGCACAGCCGCUGCGGGAGUCGCACUGGCACCGUCAACAAUUUCGCCCAGAUGCACAGUGCGCCGUCUAUGAGCGAUCCGUGUCCGCCGCUGACGUGAAGCAUGUAGUACGUUUAUAAUGUUCUUAGUUUGAAAUCGGGGGUUUGUUGUUGUUGGUUUCGUGGAUGUUUUUCCGUUGAAUACAUAACAGGCGUGUUGCACCACCGAGCGAAUUAGUAGUACUUUUUUUGUUCGUGUAACAUUACUGAGUA